UGUGCCUCGUUUUGCGCAGGCGUAAUGGGCGGAGAAAAGGUCUGGUCCCAGGAUUGGUAGCGCAGGCGCAGGGAAGGAUCCGUUUUGGCGGGCGGUUGGCGUUGCGCAGAAGACGGCGGCAGCGGUGGCUUGUGGUCCGGCUCUCAUCACAGAGGAACAGAGAAGACAUUAGCGUGAGAGAUCGGUCUCGAUCCCGGGAACCUAGUGGCCUUAGUCCUUCAGGUGGAACAGCGUGCGACAUGGGAAAGAAAACCAAGCGAACAGCUGACAGUUCUUCUUCAGAGGAUGAGGAGGAAUACGUCGUGGAGAAGGUGCUAGAUAGGCGUGUGGUUAAGGGGCAAGUGGAAUAUCUACUGAAGUGGAAAGGCUUUUCUGAGGAGCACAAUACUUGGGAACCUGAGAAAAAUUUGGAUUGCCCUGAGCUAAUUUCUGAGUUUAUGAAAAAGUAUAAGAAGAUGAAGGAGGGUGAAAAUAACAAACCCAGGGAGAAGUCAGAAACUAACAAGAGGAAAUCCAGUUUCUCGAACAGUACUGAUGAUAUCAAAUCCAAAAAAAAGAGAGAGCAAAGCAAUGAUAUUGCUCGGGGCUUUGAGAGAGGACUGGAACCAGAAAAGAUCAUUGGGGCGACAGAUUCCUGUGGCGAUUUAAUGUUCCUAAUGAAAUGGAAAGACACAGAUGAAGCAGACCUGGUUCUUGCAAAAGAAGCUAAUGUAAAAUGUCCACAGAUUGUGAUAGCAUUUUAUGAAGAGAGACUGACGUGGCAUGCAUAUCCUGAGGAUGCGGAAAACAAAGAGAAAGAAACAGCAAAGAGCUAAAGAAGGGGGUGGUCUCUGUCAUUUCUCUUUGUACAUAAUACAUUCACUUCCCUGCC